UUGCAACGUCCUUGAGAGGUUAAUUCAACAAUGGCUGCUGAUAAGGUCAAGGAAAUUAAGGGUGGCAAGAACGGUAACAAGCGUACCAUUCCUGCUGAUAAGGCCCCUCGCUUCUAUCCCGCCGAAGACGUUCCCCAGCCCAAGGUCUCGCGCAAGUCGCCCAAGGCUGCUGCUCUCCGCAAGAACAUCACGCCCGGUACCGUCCUCAUUCUCUUGGCCGGUCGCUUCCGUGGCAAGCGCGUUGUCUUCUUGAAGCAGCUCGACAGUGGUCUUUUGUUGGUCACUGGCCCUUACAAGGUCAACGGCGUCCCUCUCCGUCGUGUCAACCAGGCUUACGUUAUUGCCACCUCCACCAAGCUCGACCUCUCCAGCGUGAAGCUUGAUGCCAAGUUCAACGAUGCUUACUUUGGCAAGUCUGGCAAGGCUGACAAGAAGGAAUUCCUUGAGGGUGAACAGGCCAAGAAGGCUGCUCUCCCCGAAAACAAGGUUGCUGACCAGAAGGCUGUUGAUAAGGAUAUCAUUGCCGCUGCCAAGGACCCCAUGUUCGUUGCUUACUUGAAGUCGUCCUUCAGCCUCAGCAAGGGCCAGUUCCCUCACGCCAUGAAGUUCUAAUUUUUUUUCUUUCUUUUUUUUUUUACUGCUAUAAUAAAAAAGAUGGAGAGAGAAACCACACAACAUAACAUCAUCCUUAAAUCUUUUAAAAAUUC